UGGCUCAGAGUGAUCUGGCUGCAGAGCAGUUUCCAUCGCUAGUAGCUUGGAGGCCUCGGAGGCCAUCGCGAAUAGGUUGGAGGCUGCAGAGCAGUUUUGCUUUUCUUGACCGGCGCGAACAUGGGACAAACACAAUCCUGGAGCGGGUGCUGGCAGCGAGUGGUGGAAAGUGAGGCCAGUGGGCCUGUUGAAUUCCACAAGCUGCGAGUUGGUUCUGAUCCCGAACGCGUGACCUUCGAGUUGCAUCGUGGUCAGUGGCAUUGCCUACUCUGUGGUGACCUCUGUGAGGAGUGGCAGCCUGCCCCGCCAGAUGCUUCAGUGUUUGUAGCCCUCUAUGCGGAAGGCGCUGCAGGCUUGGAAGCUCCGCUUUCGUGGCGACACUUCUGGGCGGAUGGGUCGAAAGUCUUGAGGACAGAAAUUUCGUCAGAGGCCGCAGGAGUCAAGACAGUCCUCCGAAUCGAUAGGCAACUCGCCUUUGGCGGCAGAAUGACGAUCAAAUCCCAGCUGCAGAAGGGCGAAAGCGGGGACGCCAUCACUCAGCUCUCCGCGCCCUUUCAAAGGUCGGCAGAAGGAGCCGGAGAAGGCCCAUCUCCUGUGGCAUUUCUCCGUGCUCAUGGACAGCCCUUGAAGUCACUGGAGGACCGACUGAAGGCUUUAGACAAGGUCGAAGAGCUACUCGCUGAGUGUGACAUCAUUAGCAAGGCCCAGGCCGCUGAUAGAGUCGUACCUCCUGAAUGGGGUGGCUUAGCACUGAUGAUUCGUGGAGGCAUUGCCUACUACAAAGGCCUCCUGCCAGAGUGGACCACGCCGGAGCCGGUGGCUGACCUGAAUCCUCCACCGAUCAAAGCAGGUGUUGAGGCCGACUACGCCGUCCAUAACGAGCCGAAAGGUGUUUGCAUCAACAUUGCUCCGUGGAAUGCUCCUGCGACAUUGAGUUUGGGGCCGGCCGUUUCAAUGCUGGCAGCUGGCAACCAUGUGGUCAUCAAGCCAGCUGAGCUGGUGCCCACAGUGUCGGCAGCCCUCCGACGGCUGUGUCAAAAGUAUCUGAGCGGCUACGUUUGGGUCGAAGAAGGUGGGAAGGAGGUAGUUGAACGCCUGAUUGACGAAGGCGCCGAUCACUUGGAAUUCACUGGCGGCGGCGAAACUGCAAAGGUGGUGGCAGCCAGAUGCGCCAAGACACUGACGCCAUUGACCCUGGAGCUCGGUGGCAAGAGUCCUGCUUUUGUGGAUGCUGGGCUGAGUUCUGACAUGCUGCGAAAUAUCGCCAAGGAGAUCACUGAAACUAAGGUCUUCAAGAGUGGUCAAUUCUGUUGCGCGCACGACUAUGCGCUGGUUCACAAAUCUGUGUUCUCGGAGUUCUGUGCAGUGUUCGAGGAGGUGGUGAAAGGAUUGGGCGACAAGCGUCACGUGCCACUCAUUGGCCAAAAGCAGUAUGCAUCAAUGAAGUUCCUUCUGAAUGAUGCGAACGCGCAGUGUAUACCGGCCAUGGAGGGGGACUUCCAGCCCAAUGACAAGGAGAUGUCAGUGCCUAUGACCGGUUUGCUGUCACCUUCCUUUGAUCGAGAGGUACUGAAACGUGAGAUUUUCGGCCCCAUCAUUCCGAUUCUCUCAGUGAGUGGUGUUGAAGAGGCCAUAGACAUCAUCAACCGGAUUGGGCCGAAGCCAUUGAUCGCAUACUGCUACACGAAGGAGGAAGGCUCUGAAAAUGCUUUUGUCAAAAGCGUCCCAGCAGGGAACAUUGCAGUGAACGGUGGGCCUCAGCGAAUGAUCGGGAACUACGCAGUGAGCUUUGGUGGCACUGGGCCGAGUGGGACUGGUGCCGGAUUUUGGGGCAAAGAUGCCCUGCGGGAGUUUUCAAACCGCAAAUAUGUGAUGAGUGCCAAGGAUGGGUUUGCGAGGUCUUUUUUCUCCGGCUUGCCCCCCUGAUGUGCUGAAAAAGCACUCCAACUGGUACAGACGCGACCGCCCAGCUAGCUGGUUCUAUCUCUCACUUCGAUGUUCGAGACGCGGUGGGUUGAGUUGGAAAAUGCCGUUUUUGAUCCGAGUGGCACAAAGUGCGAACUGCGACAAGAAGCGGAAAGCAGUCAAGAUGCACCAAGAUGUUGAGCAAUGCUUUGGAUUGAUCAAAAGAACAAGAAGCAGUAGAUACAAGACGGAACGCCUGGUUGGAGGACUUACUUGGUGGACCUCCCUUGGAUUGGAUCGAUGAUUCAAGGGUUCUUUUGAUUCUUGCUUUCUUGAUUUUUCCUUGUUAUUUGCCCCUGAGCAAUGAGUGUGCUGCGGAGCUGGUGGAAUCAUUUGUGGCCAGGAGGAUGAAGAAGAGGAGGAGCAAUCGGCCUGUCAUAGGCG